AUGUCUCGAUCUACAAAACAGAAGAUCUCGGCAAAGAUCUGCCAUUUACUGUCAUCCCUCGAGUUUAAAAGUCGGCCCAAGGACAAUCCUUUCGAGAGGCUUCCAUCAGAGCUGAUCCUGGCGAUUCUCGCCUCACUCCCCUAUGUGGAUCAAGUCUGCUUCGCGAUCAGCUGCAAGCAUAUCUUUGAAUGUUUUCAGUCCCAUCUGGAGAGGCGUGGAUGGAAAUACUGCAAAAUUCUCCCUCAGCUCAGAGAGCGCAUCAUCAGCGAAAGUUCUGAACUAGGAUUUCGAGCGAAGCUGCUCCUCAGGCUUUGCAGCAAACACUGGAAAUACUUUGAUCACUGCUUCAUCCUUCACCAAAAAUCUGUGUUACCAAAAUUCCUGCUGCUCUGCCAGACUGACCAGCGACCUUGCUUGCCUGACUGUCCAUUUCCUUGCGCACUGAACCACUAUGGGUUCAUCUUCAAGUCUACGGAUUUUUCGACUUGCCCAUGCCGAGUCAUGACUUUCCACCGCACUCUCAAGAUAAAACCACAGUGGAAACCAGAAGCCGCCAGUCCCAAAUUCGAGAAUACGAUGGCUGAGGGUGAUACUAUUUACCUUGGUAGAGCUCCCCCGAUGUGA